AUGGCUGAGACUUUCGCGUUUAACGCUGACAUCCAGCAGCUGAUGAGCUUGAUCAUCAACACCUUCUACUCAAACAAAGAGAUCUUCCUUCGAGAGCUCAUCUCCAACGCCUCGGACGCUCUGGACAAGAUUCGCUACGAAUCCAUCACUGAUCCAGAUAAGAUCGAGGCUCAGCCCAACUUCUUCAUCAAAAUCAUCCCGGACAAGACCAACUCGACCCUCACCAUCGAAGACUCUGGUAUCGGCAUGACCAAGAACGAGUUGAUCAACAACCUCGGGACCAUCGCCAAGUCUGGCACCAAAGCCUUCAUGGAGGCAAUGGCAGCCGGUGGGGACAUCUCCAUGAUCGGCCAGUUCGGCGUCGGCUUCUACAGCGCAUACCUGGUCUCCGACAAGGUUCGUGUCGUCAGCAAGCACAACGAUGACGAGCAAUACAUCUGGGAGAGCGGCGCCGGCGGGUCCUUCACUGUCCAGAAGGACACUGAGCUGGUGCACGGCGAGAUCAAGCGUGGCACCAAGAUUAUCUGCUACCUCAAGGAAGACCAGUCCGAGUUCCUGGAGGAGCGACGCUUGAAAGACCUGGUGAAGAAGCACUCGGAGUUCAUCGGCUUCCCCAUCGAGUUGUACGUGGAGAAGUCCAAGGAGAAGGAGGUGACGGACUCCGAGGAGGAAGAGGAGGAGAAGAAGGAGGAGAAAGAGGGUGACGAGCCAAAGAUCGAGGAAGUGGAUGAGGAGAAGGAGAAAGAGGAGAAGAAAAAGAAGACGAAGAAGGUGAAGGAGGUUUCGCACGAGUGGGAGCAGCUGAACAAGAACAAGCCUCUCUGGAUGCGCAAGUCCGAAGACGUCACCAACGAGGAGUAUGCCUCCUUCUACAAGUCGCUGUCCAACGACUGGGAGGACCACCUGGCAGUGAAGCACUUCAGCGUCGAGGGUCAGUUGGAGUUCCGUGCGCUGCUCUUCGUUCCCCGCCGGGCACCCUUCGAUCUCUUCGAGACCAAGAAGAAGCGCAACAACAUCAAGCUCUACGUGCGUCGUGUCUUCAUCAUGGACGACUGCGAGGAGCUGAUGCCGGAGUGGCUGAACUUCGUGAAGGGCGUGGUGGACUCGGAGGACCUUCCUCUGAACAUCUCUCGUGAGACCCUGCAGCAGAACAAGAUCCUGCGAGUCAUCAAGAAGAAUCUUGUGAAGAAGUGCCUCGAGAUGUUCGCAGAGAUCGCCGAGAAGAAGGACGACUACAAGAAGUUCUACGAGCAGUUCGGCAAGUGCCUGAAGCUGGGCGUCCAUGAGGACUCCACAAACCGCACCAAGGUGGCCGAGCUCCUCCGCUACCACACCUCCAAGUCCGGAGACGAGCAGAUCAGCCUGAAGGAGUACGUCGACCGCAUGAAGGAGGGACAGAACGACAUCUUCUACAUCACAGGCGAGAGCAUCGCGGCCGUGUCUUCCUCUCCGUUCUUGGAGACCCUGCGGAAGAAGGGCAUUGAGGUGCUGUACAUGAUCGACCCCAUCGACGAGUACUCCGUGCAGCAGCUGAAGGAGUUCGAUGGCAAGAAGUUGAAAUCCACCACGAAGGAGGGUUUGGACAUUGAGGACGAGGACGAGAAGAAGAAGCUGGAGGAGAUGAAGGCCGAGUUUGAGCCUCUCACCAAGUUGAUGAAGGAAGUCCUUGGAGAUAAGGUGGAGAAGGUCAUUGUUAGCUCUAGGAUGGCGGACUCUCCUUGCGUGCUGACCACUUCCGAGUACGGCUGGUCUGCCAACAUGGAGCGCAUCAUGAAGGCCCAGGCCCUGCGCGACAACUCCAUGACUUCCUACAUGGUCUCCAAGAAGACCAUGGAAGUGAACCCAAAGCACUCCAUCAUGGCGGAGCUGAAGAAGAAGGCCGCUGCUGACAAGUCGGACAAGACGGUGAAGGACCUGAUCUGGCUUCUCUUCGACACGUCCCUGCUGACCUCAGGCUUCAACCUCGACGAGCCCACCCAGUUCGCUGGCCGCAUCCACCGCAUGAUCAAGCUCGGCCUGAGCAUCGACGAUGACGAUGAGGGCCUGGGCGACGACGAUGACCUGCCCCCGCUUGAGGAAGUCGAGGGCGCGGCCGACGAGGCCUCCAAGAUGGAGGAGGUCGACUAG